AUUGCUUUCCCCAGCCCACAUUCCUCAGCCCCAGUCCGGCUCCCACCGCCUCCGCUGCUAAGGGGGGGCCCUAGUCUCCCGCUCCAACUAUUCCAACCAUCCUGGGCAGGGUGGGGCGCUCGGCUCUCGGGUCCCCCUCGCUGCCCCUCCCUGGUCGGUCUCCCCUUCGGCCCAGGUUCCUCCCUUUCUGGGGUGGAGCCAGCCAAUGGGGGAACAAGACUCCGAGUUUGGCCUGGGAGCCAGGCAGCUGGAGGAUCCCCCGCCCCACAGUUCUGGCUGGCGUCCCGGUGCGCACGGACGUGGCUCGAGUUUCCUCCGCUCUCGGCUGCGCCUCGCUUUCCCUCUCUCGCUCCUCCUUCUCUCCCCAUCUCCCGCUCCAGCUCCACUCGGCCGGCUCCGCACGGCUCUGGGAAGCCAUGGAGGACGUCACACUCCAUAUCGUCGAGCGGCCGUUUUCCGGGUACCCCGAUGCCUCCGAGGGCUCCGAGCCUAGUCCGGUGGCGGCACCCGCCAUCGAGGAGCCGUCGGGGGCCGGCUCUGACGAGCUGAUCAAGUCGGACCAGGUAAACGGCGUGCUGGUGCUGAGCCUUCUGGAUAAAAUCAUCGGCGCCGUCGACCAGAUCCAGCUGACCCAAGCCCAGUUGGAGGAGCGACAGGCAGAGAUGGAGGGCGCCGUGCAAAGCAUCCAGGGCGAGCUGAGCAAGCUGGGCAAAGCGCAUGCCACCACGAGUAACACGGUGAGCAAGUUGCUGGAGAAGGUGCGCAAGGUCAGCGUCAACGUGAAGACGGUGCGCGGCAGCCUGGAGCGCCAGGCCGGCCAGAUCAAGAAGCUGGAGGUCAACGAGGCGGAGCUGCUGCGGCGCCGCAACUUUAAAGUCAUGAUCUACCAGGAUGAAGUCAAGCUGCCGGCCAAACUAAGCGUCAGCAAGUCUCUGAAAGAGUCAGAGGCGCUGCCGGAGAAGGAAGGUGAGGAGCUGGGCGAGGGCGAGCGGCCGGAGGAGGACGCGGCCAUCGAGCUGUCGUCGGAUGAGGCGGUAGAGGUGGAGGAGGUGAUCGAAGAGUCCCGCGCCGAGCGCAUCAAGCGCAGCGGCCUGCGGCGCGUGGACGACUUCAAGAAGGCCUUCUCCAAGGAGAAGAUGGAGAAGACCAAGGUGCGCACUCGCGAGAACCUGGAAAAGACCCGUCUCAAGACCAAGGAGAACCUGGAGAAGACGCGGCACACGCUGGAGAAGCGCAUGAACAAGCUGGGCACUCGCCUGGUCCCGGUGGAGCGACGCGAGAAGCUGAAGACCUCGCGCGACAAGCUGCGCAAGUCUUUCACGCCCGACCACGUGGUGUACGCGCGCUCCAAGACGGCUGUGUACAAGGUGCCUCCCUUCACCUUCCACGUCAAGAAGAUCCGCGAGGGCGAGGUGGAGGUGCUGAAGGCCACCGAGAUGGUGGAGGUGGGCCCAGACGAGGAUGAGGUUGGCGCGGAGCGUGGCGAGGCCACCGACCUGCUGCGCGGCAGCAGCCCGGAUGUGCACACCCUCCUGGAGAUCACCGAAGAGUCGGACGCCGUGCUGGUGGACAAGAGCGACAGCGACUGAACAGGACUCGCGGGGCUCUGCCCUGGAGGCCGGCGCCUUUCCCCGCCACUCCCUGCCUCCCUCCCCACCCCUGCCCACCUUCUUUCCUUUUUUGAACUUUCUCUUUCGCCUUCUUCUCAGCACCAGCCUGGCUGAGAUUUUUCUAAGUUGAAAACACCCUCCCCUGGAGGUGGAUCCCUCUAAAUCACAGCUGUUGGAUCUCAGGGAGGCGGCUCCCCAACCCCCCACCCCGCCACACAACCCCCCAUCAUGGACAACCUCGAUUUGGACGCAAGUCUGGGUAGGGAGAGGAAGAACAAGAACGAUCCACGCCCUGGUUGUUGAAGUCUGGGAUCCUUUCCCUUGGCUCCCCAGUUGAACCCCCUGGGGGGGGGGCACCUGCCUCCUCAUCACACCUUCACACCCAGCUUGCCCUGCCCCUACACUUUCACACCCAGCUGCAUCAUUCCUGCUUACUGAGCUCUUCUCCCUCCUCAGCCUCACCUCAGGAGGCCCCAAAGCCAAAAUUCCUGCAAAAGGAAAGAGUGAAUCCUGAAGUGGACCCUUACAGGGGGACUGUUGGUGCAGGCUUGCAAUCCCAGCUUCGUAGAAGGGUAGAAGGCUGAAGCAGGAGGACUGCAAGUUGAAGGCCUGUCUGGGCUACAGAGUGAGUUCAAAGCCAGCCAGAGUAACUUUAGUGAGACCCUGUCUCAAAAUAGAAGAGGGCUGGGAUAUAUCCGUGGUAGAGCCCUAGGUUCAGUCUCUACUCAAUAGUACCACACACAUACAAAAAGGAGGUGUAUGAGGGGAGACAUUUGCCCACAUGGGAAAUCUCCUACUGGAAGCUUUGAGGGCCUUUGGGGGAACUUAAGGCAGUAAGGUGGGGUGGAGACAGAUGGAGCCUUGUCUGCAGCACAGACUCUAUCUGUAAAGGGUCCCACUGGAAGAAGCUAAGGACAAGCAGAGCCUGGGGGAGGAUGUGAGGUGAGAAGACAACCAUGUAGGCACACAUACAUGUCUGUGGACCAGCACACAGGAGCACAUGAGUACGGCUUUGGGAAGGAGAAUGGGAAACUAGGAGAAGGUAGAAAUGGAUCGAGAGAAAUGCCCUCAUUAGCAACAAUUGGAGACACUGGACAAGAACCCCAUCUUACUAGGGUCCCAGAACAGCAGGACCAUUUUCAGGAACAGAAGGGAAGGCAGUUUGAGAAAGAAAGCAUAUUCCGAAGAGGGAGGAGAGGAAGAAGCCUCACUGGAUCCCCUCACUGGGGUCUGGGAGCUACCUUCAGAGAAGGCCUAGUUCUCCAAGCCCAGAAAAUUAGGGUUCCAGAAGGGCAGCAGCAGGCUGUGGAGAGUGGGCAUUGGCAGGGAGGUGGGCUGAAGAGAGCAAGGUGCCAAGGCCUGGCUGGAAAGCCAAGCUAAAGGGGAGGUGGGGAAGCCAGGCAGGCUGACUUGCCAGCCCCAGCUCCCUUCCAGCAGUUUCUUCUGCAGAUCCUUCCUUAGUAUAAAGCUGCAGAACAUGGCCAGACCUUGCUUUUGGGGGUGCCUUACCUGAAAGUUGGUGUGUGGGGGUGCUGCUUCCUGUCUGAGGCUUGAUUUCUGUCUGUAGUCUACUGACCAGGACACUUUGGUCCCCCUGUUCUUCCUCAUUAAAGACUUGUCAAAGCAAGGAACACCCCCCCACCCCACCCCACCCCUGCUGCUUUCUUCUCUGUACCUCCUUAUCUUCCUUGCUCUGCUCUUAGAACUGCAGCUAAUUGUUUUCUUUGGGGUUUUAUUUUGGGGGGUGGGAGUGGGAACACACACCUUUUAUACAGUACAAAGCUUUGCGCUUUUUUUUUUUUUUAAAUUUUUCCUUUUCUUCUCUAAUCAGUUGGAGACACAUUGCUGAGGAAGGUUGGGGGAUACAGGAUGAGGUCCCUUGGUGCUGGUGGGCUGAAGGGGCCUAAACUGUGGGCAGAUUCAGUUACUGGUGGGCUCUGGGGAGCCCUUCACGUUGCUGUGUCCUGGUGAGCAGCCUGACCAAUAAACCUGCUUUUCUAAAAGGA